AUCCGGUGAACCACCAGAAAUUGCACCCUUUUGGAUUAGCACUGGUUACAGCAUAUGUAAGAGGAAAGCAAGUGUAAUACCGGUGUAUAACGAUUUGACUGGAAACCGGUAGGAGCCAAAAACGGAGGUGUGUCCACCACGCACCAGAUUUAUCCAGUUCUUGGACCUAGUUAGUUUGUAAACAGCGUCUCCCUGCCAUAACUAGCAGAGUGAUCGAAAUCGUGACAACAAUCGCAGCAAAUUAACAAAGAGAGCCUUUUUAUUUAAUGGCUAUUUUCUCUCGCUCGGGUGUUCGUUUGUGGAGUCUCUUAAAAAAAACCUCAAGGUUGUGUUACGCGUCUCAGCAUACAGCGGUAGACAGCUCCCAGUAUGUGACUGCUGGAUGUCCAGAACCCAAUGGGCCGAGCUUACAGACCAGCGUGCCCGGCCCAGAGUCCCAGAGACUGAUACAAGAACUUGACAAAAUUCAGAAUACAGGAUCCAUUCAGUUUUUUGUGGAUUAUGCCAAAAGUCAGGGAAAUUACAUCGCAGAUGUGGAUGGGAAUGUCAUGCUGGACAUCUUCACACAGAUUGCCUCCAUUCCCAUUGGGUACAAUCAUCCUAACCUGCUGGAUGUCAUGAGUCAACCAGAAAAUCUGAGUACAUUUAUUAACAGACCAGCCCUGGCUGUUUUUCCACCAAAAGACUGGGUUCAGCGCCUCAAAAGUGCAUUGUUAUCUGUGGCACCACCAGGAAUGCAUCAGGUGCAGACCAUGGCAUGUGGAGCAUGCUCAAUUGAACAUGGACAAAAAGCUAUGUUUAUUACAUACCAAAGAAAGAAGAGAGGGGGUAUGCCUCCCUCCCAGGAGGAACUGAGUUCUUGUCUGUCUAACCUGAAGCCAGGAUGUCCGGACCUCACUGUUCUCUCUUUCUCAGGGGCCUUCCAUGGGAGAACAAUGGGUGCCCUGGCGGUGACUCAUUCUAAAUGGAUCCACAAACUGGACUUCCCCACUCCGGAUUGGCCAAUGGCAACAUUCCCCAAACUUAAGUACCCACUGCAUGAAAAUGAGAGAGAAAACAUGGAAAUAGAGAAUCGUUCAUUGGAUGAGGUACGAGACAAAAUUGAGGAGUACAACAGGAGAGGUCGCCCUGUGGUGGGAUGCUGUAUUGAACCCAUUCAGGCUGAAGGGGGAGACAACUUUGCUAGUCCCAGAUUUUUUCAAGAACUUCAAAAAAUAUGCAAAGAGAAUGAAGUGGUGUUGUUAAUCGAUGAGGUUCAGACAGGAUGUGGGUCAACAGGAAAAUUCUGGGCACAUGAGCACUUUAAUCUCCCAGAGUCCCCAGAUAUUGUAGCUUUCAGCAAGAAAAUGUUGACCGGAGGUUUCUACUACAAAGAUGAUCUGAGGCCAAAAGAGGCAUUUCGCAUCUUUAACACUUGGGUAGGUGAUUCUUCCAAAGUCUUACUGCUGGAAGCUGUAAUAAACACAAUCAAAGAAUAUAAUCUACUGGACAAUGUCAAGGACACAGGAAAAUACCUCAAGGAUGGACUUCAUGAAAUGGAGAAAAAGUUCCCUCAUUGUGUGAGUAAUGUACGUGGACUUGGCACAUUUUGCUCUGUGGACUUCCCUGAUGGGUUAUUCCGAGACAACAUUCUGAACAAACUCCGAAGCCGAGGGGUCCAUGCUGGAGCCUGCGGUGACAGAUCUAUGAGAUUUCGACCAACGCUGGUAUUCCAGAAACAUCAUGCUGACAUUUUCAUGGAUGCAUUCGAGAAAACUCUUCAAGAAAACCAGUGAGGAAUUUUCGACCUAUGAUCGCUGUCAUGUCCACUUUUAAUAAUUGGUCUAGUCUUUGUUGGGUCUGAUAAAUGUUGUUUUGGGGAAUUUUUUUUCCAUCUUUUUUUUUUGUUGGUUAAAACACCACCAUGAAGGAUGUAUUAACUUUUUCUUGAUGAUUUUAUUAAAAUCUUCAAUGUUUACACUACGUAGAAAUCAGCAUUUUAGUAUUUUGAUGUGUGAAGAAUGAAAAGAGUCCUUAGAGACAUGUUUGCUAAGCAAGCAGUAUACAUAUAUACUUUUACAUGUAUUGCUCUACACGUUUAUUGUGUGGAUGUGCAAUUGUUAUUACAUUUAAAUAUGAGUAUCCAGUGUAUGUAGUUGGCUGUAAUAUUUAGACUACUAUAGUUGUGUUGCAGAUGAAGUGGGCUUUUCCCACAGGUGAGUUCAUUUUCAUGUAAUGUAUGUAUUGAUGAGAUAAUGUACAUGUUCAUUUACUUGUGAAUUUCAUGUUUCGGUACUAAAAUGCAAUAAAACAAGUGCUUAAACAGGUUUUAAAAACAAUUA